UGCGACGUCACAAAUAAAAAUAAAUUAUAAUAAAAUGAAGUGUGCGGUGCAAAACUGCGCCAACAAGUUCAAGUCAAGACAAAAACACUCCCAGCAAUUGAGUUUCUUUAGCUUCCCCAAAAACCCGGAAAUUUUAAAAAAAUGGGUCUCGUUUUGUCGCAAAUACAACAAAGAGAAACUUAAGGCUCCUCUGAAGAGUGUCAUUUGCAAUGAGCACUUCAAGGAGGAGGAUAUCCAAGGAGCAUUACAAUUUCAAAUGGGCCUGUGCUCAAAGAGAACGCUGAGACCAGGAGCCGUGCCUUGCAUCAACAAAAACGAUGAAAGCGAGGUUGAACGAGAGCGAUCCGAAAAGCGAAAGAACAAGAAAUUGGUCGCUGAGCUGUUGGAGGAAGCGGCUGCACGAGAAGCAGCUGAGGCCAGCGGAGCAAUUGUCAUAGCUCCAGACUUCAUCCGAAAUACUGGCAUUGUCUCUGUGCCCGACUUUGUGAGUGCCACGGGCAACGCCUUCAUUCCAUUUACACCCACGCCCAGUGAGAGCGAUCCUUUGGCCGAGGAAAGGGCGGAGCUAGAUUUGUGCACAAAAGGUAGCUGCAAUAAUGAAAGACUAACUGAUCAGAUAAGGUGUCGCACCUGCUGUAGACUCUUUGUUGUCGAUGAAAAUACUAAGGAUCUUUGCGAUGAACAAAAUGCCGUCAUGUUAUAUCACAUUGAAGUUAUAACCGGCAUUUGGGUCCAAUGCAAGGAGGGAAUGUCACCGUUCAUGUGCUCCGGAUGCGUCAAUAAUCUGCGCACAGCCAUUGAUUUUCGGGAAACAUGUAUCCGGGCAGAACUGCAGCUUACCGGGGGCGACGUUGAUGAGUUUCCGUCUGUUAUUAAAGAAAACGGCAAAGAAAUGUCAAAUGCACAAGAUGCGGAGCUAUUGCAGAUUUGUGAGAAUGAUGCAAAAGAUGAUUUUGUAUCAGUAUUUCCGGCGGAAGAUCAAACUGGUCAAACGACUGUAAUUGAGCCUUUGUCCCUUGCAGCAGGACAGCAAGUGAAUCUGUCAAUACAUCCAUCGGCUGCAGAUCCAAGUAGUAUUGCAUUGGGUGCACAAAUUUAUGAGGAUCUUCUAAAUGAAUAUAGGGGCAAGGAUAAGCUGCCUCGUCCGCGACAAAGAAAGGCAACGACCCAAAGGCCAAACGCGGCAAGAAAUCGAAAACGAAAACCUCGGGAACCAAAACCGAAACGUCCCAAACGCACAAAAGAGGAAAAAAAUCGUAUACGCCGUGAACAGAUCAGAGCCAUGCCACUAAAUCAUGUGUGCGAUCAGUGCGGCGCCUCUUUUCGAGUGAGAUGUAAUCUAACGAUACACAUGCUGCGUCAUACGCGGACGAAAAACUACCAGUGCUCCGAGUGCCCUAAGAAAUUUUACGAUGCCUAUAUGCGAAAUAUUCACAUACGAGUGAGGCACAGAGGAGAGCUGCCAUUUGAAUGCAAUUAUUGUCGAAAAGCAUUUGGUUCAUCUAACACGCGUUAUCUGCACGAAAAAAAGGUUCAUGGAGCAUCUCCACGUAUUCACAGGAAUGUGAAUCGCUUGAACAAAAGAAUUGAAUUGUCAGAUGAGCAACAGGAGCAGCAGCCGCCGAAUGAGCAGGACCAAAAGGAAAUUGUACGGCACUUUUGUUUGUAUUGUGACAAAAGCUAUGCGACCAAAUAUGCACUCAAUUGGCAUAACAAUCUGCACAUCGGGGCCAAGCCUUUCAAAUGCAAAUUCUGCGACAUGAGCUUUGCAGAUCCCCAAUCGAAAAAGAAGCACGAAAUGAAGCACGAUAGCAAACGUCCGUUUGAGUGCGACAUUUGUCUAAAGGGCUUCUAUGUACGCAGCAAGCUAAAGGAACAUGAACGUAUUCACACUGGGGAGCGUCCCUAUAGGUGUGACGUCUGCAACGCUUUCUUUCGAUAUAAAUUCAAUUUAUAUUCGCAUCAGUUCAGCAAAAUGCAUAAGGAAAACCUGCAAAAGCUGACAAAGAUUGAAAUCGUUGAUGAUUCAAAUUAAGCUAGAAUUAUAGACUAUCAAGUGUUUUAAGUUAUGUAAAGUACACUGCGCAUUCUUUUAAUUAAUUUUAUUAAAAAA